AUGGCUUCCCCAUCAUGGAUCGAUGAAGUAAUUGCCGCCAUUCCCACACAAGUGACGGAAGAUAUGAAUGAAAGCCUUAACAGGUGUUUCACUAGGGAGGAGGUUACCGUCGCUCUUAAACAGAUCCACCCCACAAAAGCACCUAGCCCAGAUGGGAAUGAUGGCUUUAUGGCUGCCAAAUUAGAUAUGAGUAAAGCUUUUGACAGAGUCAAGUGGGGCUUUAUACAGGGGGUUAUGGAGAAACUGGGUUUCAGCUCAAGGCAAGGGGACUCCCUCUCCUCGAUUCUUUUCCUUAUUUGCAUUGAAGGGCUCUCAGCUCCUAUCCAUGAGGCAACCCAGAACCAGUUUUUGACAAGCAUUUCCAUUUGUAGGGGCUGUCCAAGAGUUACCCAUCUUCUCUUUGCGAAUGUUAGCAUCCUUUUCUGCAAGGCCAGUGUGGGGGAAAGCAGGGAGUUAAAGUUUUUACUCCAGAAAUAUGAGGAUGCUUUGGGUCAGAAGAUCAAUACUGAUAAGUCCUCAAUUUUCUUUAGCCCCAACACUGCUCUAGAAGUCAAGGAGGAGAUCUUUGCUACCCUAAGUCCUAUGCAAGACUCUAGACACUCAAAAUACCUUGGCCUUCCUUCUUUCAUUGGAAGAUCGAAAAUGCAAGUGUUCUCUAUCCUAAAAGAGAGGAUUGGGCACAAGCUAGUUGGCUGGAAGGGCUUAUGUGAUGAUAUUGAAAGCAUGGUGAGGAACUUCUGGUGGGGCCAAAGGCAACAAGAACCUAAAAUGAAUUGGGUUAGCUGGAAAACAAUGUGUAUGCCUAAAGCUCAAGGAGGCAUGGGUUUUAGGAAUUUGCAAGCUUUCAACAAAGUAAUGCUGGCAAAGCAAUUAUGGCGAAUCCUCCAAAACCCAAACUCUCUAGUGGCAAGGGUUCUUAAAGCUAAAUACUUCCCUACUAAAGAUAUUCUGAAUGCUAACCUUGGAAGCUCCCCUUCAUAUUCUUGGAGAAGCAUCCACAGUAGCCUUGAUGUUAUAAGGAAGGGAACUCGGUAG